AUGGACGCUAUCAAUGCGUCUCGACCUGAUGUGAUCGGGAAACUGCCGCAGCUGCAGAACAUGGUGAAGCGCGACCCUGAGGGGUAUCGCCCCGAGUUCCGCAUGCAACAGCGUCACUUUGAAUCCGAGUACCAGUUGUUCCUGCUCCAGCCAACUAAAGUGUCGGCACAUUUCGGCGCUCUCGUGAUCUUCUUGAGUCAUGUCGCCAAGUGCUACCCCGUUGACAUGGCAGCUUUCCCGCAGCAGAUUAUCUCUCUGCUACGUGACAACUACUUGGUUCUGGAGCCCGAAGUCCGCAAGACAUUAGUGCAGAGUCUCAUGCUGCUACGCAAUCGCGGCCUCAUCGAUGCUAUCACGUUGCUCAAGCUCUUUUUUGAACUCUUUCGGUGUCCGGACAAGCGCUUGCGCGAGCUGUUGUACAAACACAUUGUGUCGGACCUUCGGCAAUUGAACGCCACGUCGCGCAAUGUGAAAGUCAACAAAGCGCUGCAGAACUUCCUGUUCGAGAUGCUCCAGGAUGAGAGCGAACACGCCGCGAUCAAGUCGCUGCAGGUGCUCAUGGAGCUGUUCAAGCGGAAGAUCUGGCACGACCAACGCAGUGUGAACGUCAUUGCAAUGGCGUGCACGAGCACGAACACGAAACUGCUCGUGAUGGCGCUGAGCUUCUUCUUGGGCAUCGACGACGACAUUCUCGAGGACGAAGAGCUGCAGAAAAAAGAGAAGAAAGCGCUCGUGGUGGUGGACUUUCACGCCCACUCGAAGAAGACGAAAAAGCGUCAACGGGACACGCUCCAAGCGCUGUACAAGAACAAACGAGCACGGAAACGCGAACUCACUUUCAUGACAACAUUUCCAGCCAUUGAACUGCUUAACGAUCCACAAGGUGUUGCCGAACGCCAAUUGAAGCUCCUCAAGCGCUGCACGGAGCGGUUCGAAGUGAAGUUACUCAUGAUGAACUUCAUCGGUCGUGUCGUGGGUUUUCACAAACUCGUGCUGCUUCCGUUCUACCCGCUGGUGCAGCGCUAUCUGCAGUCCCAUCAGCAGAGUGUCACGGCCAUUCUAGCGUACUUGGUGCAGUCCUGUCACGAUGAAAUUCCACCGGAGGAGCUCUUGCCCAUUGUCAAGAGCAUCGCACACAACUUUAUCACCGAGCGCUGUUCGUCCGAGGUUAUUGCUGUCGGUAUCAACUCGCUGCGUGAACUCUUUCGUCGCAUCCCCUUGUUGCUGGAAUGUGAUGGCAUUGACGUGCUCGUGACCGACUUGAUCCAGUACAACCGAGCGCGCGACAAAACGAUCGUCAUGGCCGCUCGUGGCGUGCUCAACCUCAUCCGAGAGAUUCACCCGGUCCUCUUGAAGCGCAAGGACCGUGGCAAGUUCUAUAGCGAGGCAGCCAAACCGCAUCGCUUUGGUGAACUUGUAGCAAGUGAAGGUGUGGAUGGAGCGGAUCUCUUGGCAGAAGCUGAAGCUGCUGGGCGGUUCGACGGGGACGAGAACCAAGAUGGAUGGGAGGUCGCUUCAGCUGCGUCGGACGUCGAUGGAUCGGAAGAUGAGUGGGUGGACAUGUCUUCGGACGAGGAAGACACUGCAGAUCCAGUUGACGAGCAUGAGCUGGAAGGUGGAGACGACGAAGACGAGGAGAGUACCGAGACACCGACAGCGAUGGAGCAGCAGGACCGGUUAGACGCUCGUCGGAUCUUGACACCUCUUGAUUUCGAGCGCAUUGAGAUGCUCAAGAAAGAACGGGACGCAGCGUUGAAGGAUCCCAAGUCACGCAGUAAGCGGAAGGCCGAAGGAGACGCCGCCAAAGCAAGUUCCGAUGCGACGAAGGUGAACCCGACUGACCUCGAAGGGUACUCGAAGAAGAAGCGAAUGACGCAGGAGGAACGACUUCGUGUGGUGCUGGAAGGCCGCGAAGAUUACAAGCACAAGCGUUCCGGCGGCGGCACGACCAACUCGGAGAAGAAACGGCUCAAGCACUUCAUGAUGAUCAAGAAGAGCAAGUCGGUGCAAUCCAAGGUGCUCGUGUCAGCUCGUCAGGUCCAGUCUCAGAAGAACCGCGUCGUGAAGAAGAUCCUCAAGCACGACGCGAAGAAACGGCGCAAGAUUUAG